UUAGUCUUUCCUCCUCCCCCCCCAUCCCCAUCUCCAGCUUCCAGUUCCACAAGGGAACUGGGACAGCUCAUGCCAUGCCCAAACCAUUCCCUGUAUUGCCUGGAAGCUUUCUUUUGUGCUCCUGCUGAGACUCCCCAACCAGCCCUGGAACAAAUAGUGGGGCCAUAUUAGCUCUGUAGCUAGACAACGGCAUGGAACACCAAACAGUAAAGGAUGGAAAGUAUAUUUUUGAAGUGCUGUGCUAAACUUUUGGGCACAUUUGGAGAAAAACCUGGUUUUCAGGAGCUGGCCUGUGUGGAACUACCUCUUGUUUUUAAUUGAGAUUCUAUACCUGAAGCUGAAAUCACACAUUCUGUGGAGUGUCUAGAGAAGCUGGGCUGGACAAACAAGAAAUGUUUCAUCUUUAAUCGGAGAGAAAAAAACAUUACACUUUGUCCCCCCGUGGUUUUGUGUGGACCUCCUUCUAGCUGCUCUGACUCCUGGAAAGCGAUGGAAGACACGGGAGUACCAACCAUAGGAAAUGUACGAUGCGGAUAAAGAAUCACAUGAAUAAUCCCUAUAAAGUUUCCCUCGUCUGAAUCAGUGAUGUCUGAGUUCUCCUGACAAUAGGCACAUUAAGGAAAAAUGGGAUUGGACAGAAUUUGCCUUUUAAGCCUCUUUUUGCAGCUGGCAGGAGCAAUUCUGGAUAUCACCCUCAUUGCCAACGUUCUGAGCCACUCUCACACAAGUUUCUACCUUUCCUGUGUGACAAGUGAGCGGAAUGCCAGCCUCCUGGUUGAAAGAGAAAACAGAAUUGUCAUGACCCAUCCCAAAUCCAAGUUCCAGGUCUACAAGAACAGCAGCAAUGAGGUGCAGAUACGAGGCUUCUCCCGGGCAGAACUUGUGGGUAUCAUAUACUGUUUGGGGAAGACCCAAUCAGAACAAACCAGAGUGGUGUAUGUACACAACAACAUUUAUGCCAACCUCAUCCCAGACAAGGUGACAACGACAGUCAGCCUCUAUCAGCCAGCUGCACUUGUCGCCAAGAUCAAGUAUGCGAAGAAUGCAGACAUCUGGUGGAAAAGGAAUGGGACCUACCAUAACAUCAUGGACCAGUGUGAGGUGAAGGAGGGUCAGUCCACUCUGACCUUGCCAUCUGUGACCAUUGCCGAUGCUGGGAUUUAUAGUGCAACAUUCAUAGGGGACAGUCCUUUGUCAAGUGCCUUCUUCAGGCUGAUUGUGCGAGGUUGCACAGCCAAGAAAUGGGGAUCCUUUUGUGACAAGGACUGCCCUGACUGCCUGAAUGGGGGCGUCUGCCACCAUGUUGAAGGAGAAUGCAUCUGCCCACCAGGUUUCAUGGGCACCCGUUGCGAGAAAGCAUGUAAGGAAGGCAUGUUUGGGCGAAACUGCCAAGAGAGAUGCCCUAAUGAGCAGGGCUGCAGGGGCUUGGCCUUCUGCCUCCCUGAUCCAUAUGGCUGUUCCUGUGCUGCUGGAUGGAGUGGCUUACAAUGCAAUUCAGCUUGUUCCCCUGGAAUGUAUGGACCUGAUUGUGCCCUGGAAUGUCAAUGUCAGAAUGGAGGCACCUGUAACCGGUUCAGUGGCUGUAUUUGCCCAUCUGGUUGGCAUGGACAACACUGUGAAAAGUCAGACCGGAUACCCCAAAUCAUCGACUUGCGCUCUCACUUGGAGUUUAACCUAGGCUCCCAACCCAUAGUUACCUGCAUAGCAACAGGCAACCCACUCCCUGUACGUGACAACAUUGAACUGCGCAAGGCUGAUGGAAGAGUGAUCACGCCUACAAAAGCCAUUAUGGAAAAGGACAAGACGACCUGUGAAUUUCAAGUGCUACCACUCACCCUCUUGGACACAGGCCUCUGGGAAUGCCGUGUCUCUACUAGUGGGGGACAGGACAGUGGCAAAUUCAAGGUCACUGUGAAAGUGCCUCCUGUGCCACUAAGCCCUCCUAGGCUCCUGGCCAAGCAGAGUCAGCAGCUUUUGAUCUCCCCUGUUGGGCAAGCCUCAGGUGACGGACCCAUUGUCUCCACCAAGGUUCUGUACAAACCCCAAAUGGGUCCUUCUCCCUGGUCAUCCAUUGUAGUUGAGAAUAUCCAGAACAUCACCCUGGUGAAUCUGCGACCUGUCACGGCCUAUCUUGUAAAGGUUCAACUAACACGCCCUGGAGACAACGGGGAGGGUGUACCUGGCCCUGAAGCUGUCAUGGUAACAGAGUGCCAAGAGCCAACGGCCAAGCCUGUGAUUGAAGGUUCGUUUGAUGAAGGCAGCAACAAUCUGCGUGUGAAUUGGAAUUUGCCAAAUAGUAACACUGUGGGCUCCGGUUUUCUUGUCCGGCUCUAUGAUGCAGCCAAAGAGCUUGUACAUCAGGAGAACAUCACUUCCAUGAUUGUGCAGUCUGCCUAUAUUCCAAAUCUUAAGUUUAAAAAGGAGUAUUACCUGGAAGUGGUGGUCUACCACUGUUCCAGUCUGGGGCCACCGUCUGAUCUCCACAUGGUCAAGAUCAACAGCAAAGGCCCGUCUUCCCCACGUUCCCUCUCUGUGGAACCACUCUCUGACAACACCAUCCGGCUGGUGUGGCUGCCCCCUGAAUAUCCCAAUGGUGGCAUCAUCAAGUACAUUGUAGAAGUGCAGCAGUUGGGAGGGAACAAUGAACCACAGUGGAUGGACACAGAAAAUGGCAGGGAUACCACAAAGAUCAUCUCUGGGCUCAACGGCAGCACAUCUUACCAGUUCCGGGUGCGAGCCAACUCAUACGUACCCGGCGAGUGGAGCAAACCCGUGAAAGCCGAGAUCCUGGGUGAUGGAGCCCUGAUUCAAGUGCCCACCCUGGACAGCAAGAAUUUGCCUCCAUCCAAUGUGGACCAGCAGCUGCUCUUGGCCAUUGUGGGUUCUGUCUCUGUCACCUGCGUGACUAUCUUGCUUGCCCUCCUGGCCCUUUUCCUCAUCAAGAAGAACUUCUUUCACCGGCGCCGCACAUUCACCUACCAGUCCGGCUCUGUGAGUGAUGGUGCCCCUGACCCAGCCCAUCGCUGCUUCUCCUCUCCUCUUGGUUCUCUACCUUCUGCAUCCCCGCCUUUCAGCAGGCACCUUUUGGCAAUGCCAGUGCCCAGUGCUGCUGCCAAACCUCCUCUCCACAAAACCUCUCUCUUACAGGGUGAAGAGACCAUCCUGCAGUUCAACUCAGGCACACUAACCCUGACACGCCGACCCAAACCACAGCCUGAGCACCUCAGCUAUCCUAUCCUGGAGUGGGAAGACAUCAAGUUUGAGGACAUGAUAGGGGAAGGAAACUUCGGGCAAGUCAUCCGGGCCAUGAUCAAGAAAGACGGACUCAGAAUGAAUGCAGCCAUCAAGAUGCUGAAAGAAUUUGCCUCUGAGAAUGAUCACCGGGACUUUGCUGGAGAGCUGGAGGUUCUCUGCAAGCUGGGCCACCAUCCCAAUAUCAUCAACUUGCUGGGUGCCUGUGAGAACAAAGGCUACUUGUACAUUGCUAUUGAAUAUGCACCCUAUGGGAACUUGCUGGAUUUCCUGCGCAAGAGUCGAGUCCUAGAAACAGAUCCUGCCUUUGCCAGAGAGCAUGGAACAGCCUCAACCCUCACAUCCCAGCAGCUCUUGCAGUUUGCAUCUGAUGUGGCCAAAGGCAUGCAGUAUUUGAGUGAAAAACAGUUUAUCCAUAGAGACCUGGCUGCCAGAAAUAUCCUAGUGGGGGAAAACUUGACUUCAAAGAUUGCUGAUUUUGGCUUGUCCAGAGGGGAGGAGGUAUAUGUAAAGAAGACUAUGGGCCGCUUGCCAGUUCGGUGGAUGGCCAUCGAAUCCUUGAAUUACAGUGUAUACACAACCAAGAGUGAUGUGUGGUCAUUUGGGGUCCUCUUGUGGGAAAUUGUCAGCCUGGGGGGAACACCGUACUGUGGCAUGACAUGUGCUGAACUCUAUGAAAAGCUGCCCCAAGGAUACCGCAUGGAAAAGCCCCUCAACUGUGAUGAUGAAGUGUAUGAGCUAAUGCGACAGUGCUGGCGGGACCGGCCCUAUGAGCGUCCACCCUUUGCUCAGAUCUCCGUGCAACUCAUCCGCAUGUUGGAGGCUAGGAAGGCCUAUGUGAACAUGGCAUUGUUUGAAAACUUCACCUAUGCAGGGAUCGAUGCCACAGCAGAGGAGGCAUGACAGGCCAGAGCAUUGAACCUUUCCACCUCUAGGCACAAGUAGGAUCCACAGGAGACAGGAGCUUUCUGUACAUAUUCCACUAUCUUAUUAUGCAGACUGUGCUGAGCAUAGAGCAUACCUGGAAACUGCUAAUCUAGAGGAUCUCACAUGAACAUAGUUCUCGUGCCAACUACUCCUUCCCUAACCACAAUGAAAGGACUGUUUGCAUGAUGAAUAACCAAGACUGUCUUGUGUUGAAAGGAGGCGAAAGGAUCACCGAGGUGGCACACGGUUAUGAAAUGUGCUAGGAUCUGAUCUGCAUUGUGUCCUCCCAUUCUGUAGCAUUGACUGACCCAUAUUACUGCUCCCACCCUCUGUCUACAAACAGCAUGGAGAGCCUUCAAGCUGCCCAUGCAAUCUCCAACCUCCCCUCAAGAUGGACAACAUGGGACGUGCAUGAAUGGAGCAAACGAGCUGGACGUGUACAGUAUCUUCAACUCAUACGGAGACCAAAGUGCCUGUUGGUCUCAGAAUUCAGCACAGAGAUGAGCUGAGAAGAACCAGGCAGUGCCUUGUUCAGGAAAUGAAGAAUCCCCAUUUUCUCUGGCAUGUACAUAAUACAUACAUAAUACAUUCUGCCAUUAGGCAGAAUGAGUUAUCCUUCCCAGGCAGCAAACUUUGGGGAAAGUGGAGAAUUGUGGCAAGGAGGACAGAACACUGUGGACCAUGUGAUCUGCCCUAUGUCUCCCAUUGAACUGCUCUCAAGGGGAUUCUCUCCCACUGAAAAACAAUGCUAAACUGGCUUGGAGCUACAGUUCAGAAAAGUAACUUUUCAUACAGUGGUUUUGAGCUGUAAUUCCUCUUGAAUGUUCUUCUGCCUGAGAAGUAAAUUCCCCUCUUUCCCUUCUCUUCUUUUUCUUCCUGUUAUGUAGUUUCUCCCUGCUGCCUUUCCAGCAGGCUAUUAGGUAUAUGUCAUGUAUUCACACAAAUGGAACAUAGUACCAGACAAGAUGAACCGAUAGUCUAACCCCUUAGGGCUCUGCUUAGGCUCUCAUGUACAGUACAGGCAAACAGCUUGUUACAGUACCAGAGAGAGUACAGCUCAGCAGGCUCAUUGCGUAGGCCCUAGGUUCAGUCUGUAGCUUGAUCUUCAGUCAAAAGGAUGAGCUAACAAGUGAUGGGAAAGACUUGGGAAAGCAGCUGCCUGCCAGAGUGCACAAUACUGCGCAAUACUGAACAAAUACUUUGACUUAGUACAAAGCAGUUCCCUAACAACACAGGAAUAUCUUGCCAAACUGAGGCUUUCGCACCAAGAUCACAACAAAAUUAUAAUUCCCUUGCCAGGCAGAACACUAGACAGGGAUUGCCAUGGGAUAGCCUGUAGAUUUAAAGCCUCUGAUUUUUUGAGAAUGAUACUGAACAAGCAUGAGUGGUUGGUGGGAAAGAAGGAACGUGGCAGUCAGAAAUCAAAAUGAUGAAAUGGAUGCUGCCUUGGAGGGAACUAUGGCCAUUGUAUUAAAAUAAGAAACCUUAGGAGAAGAGCCACAGAACAAGUGCUGUUGCAGUUUCUCCCCUGGGAUCAUUUCUUCUGUUGUAUCAAGAUUUUGCUAGGAUUACCGUACAUCUCAUAUAAUAUAUGCUACAGAGAGAGAUGCAAAAGUGGACUAUAUGUGACUGUUUAUGCCUCUAGCAAUUCUAAGCUGGUUUUGUCUCAGAUUUCUGCCUAAUAAAAGAAGUGUAAAAAGCUUUGUGAAAUGGAGUAAUGGACCCAAUUAGAAGUUACCACAUCCAUGCAGAAACUAUAGCAACAACAUGAGCUGCAUGGAUCAAGUAAGCAAGCCUCCAAAACCACACAUGCUAACUUAGCCCACCUCUUGACUUCUAUGCAU